UGAGUAUGAAUGAUUUAGUUUAUUUUAUAAGAGUGCCGGGCAUUGGAUCACUUCUCACUUUCUCUUAUACAUAUUUUUUCUUAUCAUAAUUAAUUACCUAGUCAAUACCUACCUACAACCUACUUAAUUAAACUCGUGGUCGGUAAUGGUUUGGUAUGAAUUUAGUAGUUUAAAAUUGUACGUUUAUUUACAGUUAAAAUAAUAAGACUUCAGGAAAACUAUUGAAUUAAAAACAACUUACAAAAGUUUAGUAUCUCCCUAGCCAUAAUUUAACAAUGUUAAUUUAAUAUAUUAUGCAUUAACCAUACAAAUAUAAUAUACCUACUUUACUAAUACUCUUAGUGCCUGAGCAUAGAUUUAGAUUUUAGUCAUGGAAAAUUGGAAAAAAAUUACCUAUGUGGUUGCCGUUUUUAUGUUUUUAAUACAAGUACGGCCACUAGAACCAUAUUUAACACCUUAUCUCAGUGGACCAAAUGGAAAAAUUUCUCUUUCAGAGGUAGCUAACUCAAUGGAAUCUAUAAGAUCAUACUCUGCUCUUAUAGCAACAUUGAUAAUGUUAAUCAUCUCAGAUUAUCUUCUAUACAAGAUGGUGAUCAUAUUCUUGACUUUAUGCUCAUGUAUCGCUUAUAUUAUCAUGGCAAGUUCAUCAAGCUUAAUAGAAUUGAAAGUGUCAAUGGUCUUCUACGGAUCAGCUUACUGUACCACAACUGUUGCUUCAUGUUAUUUAUUUGCUUUUAUCAAUGACAGAAAGCAUUUUCAAAAGUCUGCUAGCAUUGCGGCUGUUGGUUUGGAGCUUGGAAAAUUCUUUGGUGAUGUCUCAGGGCAAAUUAUAGUCAGCUUAAGUGGAGGAAACUACACAGCACUUCCAUACUGUAAUGCAUUUGCUAUGUUCUUGGCUACAAUAUGGGCUUUUUUAUUUCCUUCUUUGAAUAGUAGGAAUUCUUUAGAAACAUAUUCACCAAAUGAAAAUACUACGCUUCUUAAAAACAGUGAAAAAAUUACAUCCGACUCACAUGAAAUAAAACAUUGUAAUACCAGGGUAGAUAAAGAAUAUAAGAUAAUAAUUGUUUUGAAACAAAUUUGGUUAGAUUUUAAGACUUCAUUCUCCAAAACAAUUAUAUUAAAAAAAUCUCUUUGGUACAUUUUUGGUAUGGCAGCAUAUGUUCAGAUUUUAAAUAAUAUUAAUGUACUGUACUCAUUUGUCGUCUAUAAACAUGGUAAUAAUGAUGUCUUGUCAAAUGGAUUUGCUGAGUCAAUGGUCACAUUAUGUGGAGCUUUGGGUGCAUAUCUUAUUGGUAAAGUGCAAUUGGAUUGGAAUUAUUAUGGUGAUAUAUUUACAUCAUUUUGUUCUAUUUUGAUGGGUGUUUUCAUGAUAUCUUGUUACUUUUAUGAGCGUAUACAAUUAAUAUAUUUGUCAUAUAUAUUAUAUGGUCUAGUUAGUGAAGCAAUUUUAGUAUUAACCUUAUCUGAAUUAGCAAAUCAUCUAAAAAGUCAAUGUUUUUCCCUUAUAAUUGGGUUUAAUUUAUUAGGUGCUUUAGUUAUGUCAGCUAUUAUGACAUUUUUCUUUGUUCAAUUUAAUUUUUUAGAAAUUACUGUUCCUGGAAGAUUUUUGUUCAUUGGUGGUUUGUACAUUAUCCUUGGAAUCAUGUUUUUGAUUAUGUAUUUUUUUGAAGGCCGAAAAGGAAAACAAUAUAUGCUGACUGAUAUUUAUUAUUAAUACUGUUAAUAUUGAUAUACAUCACUAUCUCAAAUAUUUUUCAUAGUUAUUUCUAGUUGAUAUAAAUUCAUUCAUAGAAUUAUUUUAAAAAAGAGCAUCAAAUUAUUGUUAUAAA